AUGAACUUAAAUGAUCACGAGCUCAAAAGUUGUGCCUGUGUGGCGCGUCAGACUUUGGAAACGUUUUUGACGGAUGCCCAUAAAUUCAAACGUUUUAAUGAGAUUGAUUGGCAGCUUCUUAAAAACGCAUUUGAUUACCCGAGCAUCCUUACGGGUAAUCAAAUGCGUUUGUUAGAAGCUGCAUUGCAGUCUCAUGAUCAAGCGAAGUUGGCUGGAGAGGCUUUGGAAGCAGAGAGUCAGGUCGCUCCAUUUGAGAAGAAGUUAGGUGACGAGACAGUGAUGGAAACGUUUAAGAGUAGUGCGAUUCCUGAUGAAAGUGUGAAUGAUGAAAUGCAUCUAAACGAGUUCCCAUUGCUUCUUACACAAGCUAUAGAUUCAGAAGGACGAUCAAAAUUGGUGAUGCUGAGCAGUUAG